AUGGCAGGAACACGCUCCUCUGCACGCAGCACCGACGGUGGCUCCAGCCCAGCAAAGGGUAACGAUGUCGCAGCCGGCACCAAACGCAAGCCCGAAGUCGAGCCGUCUCCCAAGCGCGACCGCAAGGCGUCCAAGAAGCAAGCUACUAUCGAGGAGACAAUGGACACCAGCAAGGAGUCUGACAGCGAGAUGAAGGACGCCUCUGAUGGGGGUCAAGACUCCAAAGAUGCAGAGGAGGCCGAGAAGAAGGCCGCUGAAGAUCUCGUUGACGCAAGCGACGCGACGGCAUUGGCCAAUGGCGAUGAUGACAAGCCUUCGACGACUGGCAUGGAGACUACGGACGACCUGGUGGAACAAGACACCGACGCCGCCCCCAAAGCCGAAGAGACUACACAGACAGAGAAGAGCGAAGACAAAUCGGAAAACGCGUCAAAGGAGACUAGCGCAGAUGGCGAAGGCGCGAUCGAGGAGUCCUCCCAGCGCGCAAAGCAAAUGCCGUCCAACAUUCUCGAAAAGGGCGUCAUCUACUUCUUCACCCGCAAUCGCGUCGGUGUUGAGGACUCUGAGAGCGUCGGCGACCUUCAACGCACCUUCUUCGUCCUCCGACCGAUGCCGUCCGGAGCCAAGCUAGGCGACGGUGCCCUCGCCGACGAUAACAACAUCCGACUGUUUGCGCUGCCCAAGAAAGUCUUCCCCAAGUCGCAUAACGAUAAAUUCAUGGCAUUUGUCGAAAAGGCGAACACUUCCAUCAAAGAGCUGAAGGAGAGCUUCUUUGGCGCGGACGAGUACGAGACGAAGACACAAGGCAGCCGACGCACUGAGCCUGUGGCGCCAGUAGCGGAGGGCGUAUAUGCCAUUACGCGCACUGAAGACCGGACGUGCCAUCUCGUGUACUCCACCACCAUACCUUCCGAGCUUGGAGAGGUCCAGGAAGACCUGGGUAUCAAGGACCAGGGCAGCUUCGUCAUGAGCGUCAAGAACCCUGAGCGCAGCGGACCGGCUUCCGCCCAGCUUCCUCAGAAGCCCGACUUUCCCAAGGAGUUCAUCGAAGAGUUCCGCGGACUGGCUUGGGUCGAAGUCAAGCCGAAGUACCUGGACUAUGAGUACUGCCAGAUCCUGCUCAUCGGCGAGAAGAUGGAGAGUGGUGUCGAGCCGACGACCAAGGACCAGAAGCAUGACAAGGAAACUCCACAAGAGGAAAUUGAGAAGCUUGAACACGAGGAUGAGCUGCGCGUCGAGCAUCUUCACGGUGACGACUCUGUCUAUGAUGAUCUCAAGAUUAGCAAGAAGGAAUAUCCGCAGGUCGCGACGACCUGGUAA